AAUUCGCGCACCACUGUUCCAUUCUCAUUCUUGAUCACUCCGUCCACCCCUCACAAGAAAUUCUUCACAUUUCUGAAAAUCUCCAAGAAAUUUUCUUGAUUUUUGCUCCUUCAAUUCGAUUCGAUCGUUUAAUUCAAUUUCCCAUUGAUUCUCUUGCAACCCCCAUUGUUUUUCCCAAGCAAAAAAUCAUGGCUUGUUCUAUAAAACACUCACCUUUCUCGAUCAAACCCUGCGGUUUGAUUAAUAUUCCCAGAAAGGGAUUGGAUUCGGAUUUAGGUAUUACUAGGUUUCUGUCGCUACCCAGGAUCUCAAAAACCAAGAUUUUGAGCUCUGAUGUUUCGACCCAGACCCAGAGGCCUCUGUACAUUGCCUCUGUUGCAAAGUUUGGGCUUUUGCCAUCAAAAACACAAACCCAGAAACCUUCGACUCAGUGCGGGGCGUACGAGGCUGACCGGUCGGCGGCGGCGGAUCUCAACAUUGAAGCGCCGAAAUCGGAGGCUGCCCAGAAGCUGAAAAUUGGGAUUUAUUUUGCCACGUGGUGGGCUUUGAAUGUGGUUUUCAAUAUAUACAACAAGAAGGUCCUCAAUGCCUAUCCUUAUCCAUGGCUGACAUCAACUCUUUCUCUUGCGGCGGGAUCGUUGAUUAUGCUGCUUUCUUGGGCUACCAGAAUCGCUGAAGCUCCAAAAACUGAUCUUGAGUUCUGGAAGACCCUUUUCCCAGUUGCAGUGGCACAUACAAUUGGGCAUGUUGCAGCAACUGUAAGCAUGUCAAAGGUUGCUGUUUCAUUCACUCACAUAAUCAAGAGUGGUGAGCCAGCAUUUAGCGUGUUGGUUUCGAGGUUUCUGCUGGCAGAGACAUUCCCCAUUCCGGUUUACUUGUCACUUCUGCCUAUUAUCGGUGGCUGUGCACUUGCAGCCGUUACUGAGCUCAACUUCAACAUGACUGGGUUUAUGGGGGCUAUGAUAUCGAAUUUGGCGUUUGUGUUUCGAAACAUAUUCUCGAAGAGAGGGAUGACAGGCAAGUCUGUCAGUGGGAUGAAUUAUUACGCGUGCUUGUCAAUAUUGUCUCUAUUGAUUCUCACGCCCUUUGCAAUUGCUAUGGAGGGUCCCCAAAUGUGGGCAGCCGGCUGGCAAACAGCUCUUUCCGAGAUUGGACCGAAUUUCGUUUGGUGGGUGGCGGCGCAGAGCAUAUUCUAUCAUUUGUAUAACCAGGUGUCGUAUAUGUCCUUGGAUGAGAUUUCCCCGUUGACAUUUAGCAUAGGAAACACAAUGAAGCGAAUCUCGGUCAUCGUUUCUUCUAUCAUAAUCUUCCACACGCCUGUCCAGCCUGUCAACGCCCUCGGAGCUGCCAUUGCAAUCCUCGGAACCUUCCUCUAUUCGCAGGCAAAACAGUGAGGAGACUGAAAAUUGGGUUUCUGUCAUAUAGAGAUGAUGAAGAUGUAUUUACUUUGGGCAAAAAGAUGGCCUACCUUGGCUUAAUAGUUUGUUACUUUGUAGUUUUACUAUCAUAUCCUCUCAGAUUGGUUAUCUGUUUUCUGUGUGCUUUCUUGUCUCUGCCUCUUUCCACAGCUCUGAAAAGUGGAAAUGGUUUUUACAGUAAAUAAGAAGAGAAUUUGUACUAAAAUUAUAAA